CUCUACACAACCCGCCUCUUCACCACCCCUUCAAAAUCACAUACCAAAAAAGCAAUUCGUAAAAAUGGCCAAAUCAUCAUCCAAGUCUGACAAGAAGGUCGAGAAGGUCGCCGCCCCUAAGGUCGACAAGAAGGAGAAGAAGGAGAAGAAGCCUUCAGUCGCCGAGGACCCCGUCGGUAACGGAAAGAAGGGAGGCAAGGCCUCUGGAAAGGAGAGCAAGGCCUCUGAUAAGAAGGAAAAGAAGAGCAAGAAGACCAAGGAGCCCACCCCUCCCCCUGUUGAGUCAUCAUCAAGCGAGGAGUCCAGCGAGGAGGAGGAGUCUUCCGAGGAGGAAGAGGAGGAGGUCAAGCCCGCCGCCGCCGCUAAGCCCGCUGCCAAGGCUGCCGCCGAGGAGGAGUCUUCUGACGAGGAAUCUUCCGACGAGGAGGAGUCUUCUUCUGAGGAGGAGAGCAAGACCGAGCAGGUCAAGGCUGCUGCCACCAAGGAGGCCGACUCUGACGACGAGUCUGACGAAGAUUCGUCCUCCGAGGAGGAGUCUAGUGAUGACGAUGAUGAGGAGGAGGCUGAGGCCGAGAAGAUGGAGGCCGCUGUUGCCGUCACCAACGGAAAGCGAAAGGCUGAAGACGACGAGGAGGUUGCCCCCAAGAAGACCAAGACUGAGACUGGUGCUAUCGCCCGAGGUGCCGACGGCGAGCAGGAGGCUUCCGCCAACGUCUUCGUUGGCAAGCUCUCUUGGAACGUUGACAACGAUUGGCUCAAGUCCGAGUUCGACCAGUUCGGUGAGAUCUCGUCGGCCCGAGUCAUGUUCGACCGAACCACCCAAAAGUCGCGAGGAUUCGGUUACGUCGAGUUUGCCAACGUCGAGGACGCCACCAAGGCCGUCGAGGCCAUGAACGGAAAGGAGAUCGACGGACGAGAGAUCAACGUCAACUUCGCCUCCGCCCGACCGGCCCCUACCGAGGGUGCCAGGCAGGAGCGUGCCAAGCAGUUCAACGACAAGCCUUCCGACCCUUCAAAGACCCUUUUCGUCGGAAACUUGUCCUUCCAGGCCGACGAGAACACCAUCUACGAGACUUUCGGCGAGUACGGUUCGGUUCAGUCGGUCCGUCUGAUCACCGACAGGGAGACUGGUGCCCCCAAGGGAUUCGGAUAUGUCGAGUUUGAGGACGUUGACCAGGCCAAGGCUGCUCUCGAGGCGCUCGCCGGUCAGGACGUUGCUGGAAGGAGCAUCCGAUUGGACUACGCUCCUGCCCGAGACAACAACAACGCCGGUGGUGGUGGACGAGGUGGCUUUGGCGGUGGCCGAGGAGGUGGUCGAGGUGGAUUCGGCGGUGACCGAGGUGGCCGAGGCGGCUUCGGUGGUGGACGAGGAGGCGACCGAGGCGGUCGGGGAGGUGGCCGUGGUCGAGGUGCUCCUCGAGGAGGUCCCCGAACCGGCGGUAGCGUCCCCUUCGCCGGCAAGAAGAUGACCUUCGAGUAAACUCUUUGCUUGCUCGUCCGUUCUUUCACGCCUAUCUCGAUAAUCUCCCUCAUCUCUUCGACUCCUUCUCGACACCCCAAAAAGGGCACAACAGUUUCCCUACCGCUCUUGCAUCGUUACGCGAUACGCUAUAUUAUUUCGUUCUAGAAGGAAAAAGGGAGCUGGCGCGAUUGGCCGAUGAUGUACAAAGGUCUUACUUCUCGGGGAAGAGGCCAGUCGUGCUUCUUUCUUUUCUUUGUACCAUUAGCUGUUCUUUACGACUAUCAGACGCGAUCAGACGAUUUUCGGGCUUGAUUAGGUCGCGAUACGCGUUUCACUCUGUCGUUUCCGCUCGGCCGAGUUAAGGAUUGUGGCGUCGACUGGCGACUGGCGCGCCAUGUACAUUUCGAU